AACGACAAACAAGACAUCCAGAUCUCAAUCCUUUCCUUACACAACCACUUAUCGCUCCUUGAUCGCCAUCUCGAUCUAUAUCUCUAAUUAUCUCAAUCUGUCGAGGUAAUCUUACAAUAUCUUCAUUUUCAAUACGGAUCUUUGGGAAUCUUUAGAUUUAUUUAUUUAUUUAUCUAUCUGCGUUCGUUUUGUUUUUGUCUUCUUAACGGUUUCUUCGUUAGAAUAGUUAUUGAUCGGGUGAUAACAAUUUGCGAGCUUGAGGGUGAGGGGUUGAGAGUGAGAGAUUGUGGUUGUAGAAUCUUCGAGGGAGAUUUAGAGGACUGGGGGGAUAAGUUCUUGCUUUUUUGAGGAAGAGAGGAAGGGGGAAGAGAUAGAAGAAGAGGGCAGAAAAAGAAAAGGAUAUGCCAUCAAUAGCUCAAGAAGAUUGGGAUAUUCCUUCGAUGGAUUUUCAUGCGGCUUCGAAUGGUUCUACGGUUAAUUUGUUGAAGAGGCGGAGGGAUGUGGCGAGUUUGGGGGAUGUGAUUGAGAGGGAAAGGGAGAGGGAGGAAGAGGUACAGAUGAAGAUUCAGAGGUAUGUGGCUAUUUGUUUUACAGAUUGUAUUUUGGGGUAGUUUAGUUUCUCAAAUCUGGGAAUGGAGGGGAAGGGGGAAAGAAGUUAAAAAAAAGUUAGCUAAUCACUAAAAACAGUCCUAGACAUACACAUAUCCAUCCUCAUGCGCAUCCACAUAACUCAUACCCACACACCAUGCACCACGAGCCCGAACGUCGCCACCUAAUACCCCGAUCAAAAAUGAGUUUGAACAAACGAGUUCGAGUGGAAUAUCUCCCCGUCGAAACAGAACCGCGAAUCGAACAGAUGAAGGAGAGAGAAAAAAGUCCAGCAGCAAUGGAUUUAAGAGCUUGUCAUAUUUGUCGUCGUAAACCAACUGUUAAGAAGGAAUUGGAUGCGUUUGCGAAUUGUGAGGGCUGUGCGAAGAGGACUUGUUGGGUUUGUAUUAGGGAGUGUCUUGGGGGAUGGGGGGGUAAGUUCGGGAUGGGUGGAGAGGUUGGAAAGCAGGAAGAGGGUGGGCAGGGAUGGGGAGAGAAUGGUAUGCAGCAUAGGGGAAUGGUGUGUAGUCGAUGUUGUGUGGAGAGAGGGACGGAGGGUGAGGUACUUUGUUUAGGAUGUUUAAGGGUAGAGGAGAGUUGAAUUCUCAUCUAAAUAGGAGAGGAAAGGCAAGGAAGCCUAUAAUCGGAGUUGGGACAGGACAGAAGGGAAGUAGGGCGCAUCAUGACAUUCAAGGAAACUUGGGAUGAACAUGCUGUCCUAAUUUCCAGGUGCACCUCGAGAUGGAUAGGAUCAUCCAGUUCCAAGGGAAUAACUCGAUAUAUGGAUGGUUGAAGAAACAAAGACAUCUACGAGCGAUGCGUGCGAUUGAUACCCAUUUUAAUCUGGAGUCUUUUGGUUGGCUAUCUUGCAAUGAUUAUACAAUACAAUACAUAUA